AUGCAACCUCUACACCCUCACUUUUACACUCACGGCAAACGCGGUAAUGAGACGGUCGCACUCUGGACAGCCCCAUUAGCCACCAAUCUCGAGUGCCCCGUUCCAGCCUCUUACAACGACAUCUUUGUCAAUCGUCAGAUUCAUGACCAUCAAUAUCUCGUGCGCGUUGAGGCCGCCACGCACCAUGGUCGUAUUUAUAUCAACGAUCAUCUAGUCGCCGAGCAUGUGGGUGGCUACACGCCUUUCGAAGCAGACAUCACGGGUCUCGUCUCUGCGGGUGAUAGCUUCCGUUUGACUAUCGCCACUAUCCCUCCCGGUAGGAUCGAGGUGGAGGAGUAUACAGGUAAAAUAACACAGCACAUCCAGGACAUCAGAGUUGUCACUAACGUGGAUGGCACAACCGGGCUGAUCGAUUACCUUGUCACGGUAUCAAACUUAACGACAGAGCGCAUCAAGAUCAACGUGGUCGAUGAGGAUGGAAGGACUGUUACCGAGGCAUCAGGUACUCGUGGUAUCGUUACCAUAGAUUCUGCCGGAGUGUGGCAUCCGGGAGAAGCAUAUCUUUACCAAUUUCAAGUGAGCAUAGUGGGCUCGGACGACAUUAUAAUUGACACUUAUAGUGUUGCGACGGGUGUACGCACAGUCAAAGUCAGCGGGAACCAAUUUCUCAUCAACGACAAGCCAUUCUACUUCACUGGCUUUGGGAAACACGAAGACAGUAACGUGCGCGGCAAAGGUUACGACCCAGCGUACAUGGUCCACGAUUUUCAGCUGAUGAACUGGAUGGGAGCAAACUCAUUUCCCACCUCACACUACCCCUACGCCGAAGAGGUGAUGGAAUUCGCGGACCGGCACGGAAUUGUUGUCAUUGACGAGACACCCGCCGUUGGCCUGUCAUACUCCAUUGGGGCUGGGCAGUCCAGCGAGGACAGUCAGCAGACAAUCACCCCGGAAGGAAUCAACAAUAAGACGCGCGAAGCUCACAAGCAAGCAAUCCGGGAGCUCAUUGCUCGGGACAAAAACCACGCCAGCGUUGUCAUGUGGUCGAUUGCAAAUGAGCCUGCAUCGCAUGAGGCAGGAGCCCGUGACUAUUUCGCGCCACUGAUUGACCUGGCUCACCAGCUUGACUCCACCCGUCCCGUCUGUUCUACAAAUUACGGAGAUGCUACCUAUGAGCCUGAUCGAAUCUCGGAUAUGUUUGAUGUUCUCUGCCUUAACCGCUAUUUCGGGUGGUAUACCCAAACUGGCGAGAUUGAGGAGGCAGAGGCGGCUCUCGAAAAGGAGCUACUGGGCUGGGAGGGCAAAUACGACAAGCCCAUCGAACUCCAGGUCGAACUGCUCGACAUGUAUCAUCGGGUGUUUGACCCUGUGGAGUCAGUGGUGGGAGAGCAAGUCUGGAACUUUGCUGACUUUCAGGCGGCUGUAGGGGUCAGCAGGGUGGAUGGUAACAAGAAGGGUAUCUUUACGAGGGAUAGGAAACCAAAGGCUGCAGCCCAGACUUUGAGAAACCGAUGGAGGCAUAUGUAG